AUGAUACGCACCACCAAGACAGCACGCAGCAAGCAACUGCUAUUGCUACACCUGUCCACACACGGCCAGAAUCAAAUGCCGGUUUAUCUAUUUGCUCACUGGCAGGCAACGGGUUAUCUGUGUGUUAGCUUUGGGCAUGAGCUGAGAAUCAAUAGCUCCGUUCAGGACGAGGCUCAACCGCCACCUCAACCUCAGCUUCCAACGUUACGUCCGCAUCCAAAACAGCCAUGCGUUUAUGUCAUGUUGGUGUAA